GGCAAAUAGUUCAGAAGCUUAUUGGGCCUAAAACGAAACCCGUUACCAUAUAAAACGUCGCCGUCAGAUUGCAGGAAGCAAAAAACCCUAGCGAUCCAGUGAGAAGAAGAAGCAGUAGCAGCAAGGAGCGAGUGUUGAGAGUUGCAGCCAUGGCGGAUGUGGAAACCGAUGUUGCUGCAGGAGUUCCGAAGAAGAGGACGUUCAAGAAGUUCAGUUUCCGUGGUGUUGAUCUCGAUGCUCUCUUGGAUAUGUCCACUGAUGAGCUUGUUAAGCUUUUCUCUGCUCGUGCUCGCAGAAGGUUUCAGCGCGGUUUGACUCGCAAGCCUAUGGCUCUGAUCAAGAAGCUGCGCAAGGCGAAACGGGAGGCUCCACAAGGUGAGAAGCCAGAGCCGGUAAGGACUCACCUCCGUAACAUGAUCAUUGUGCCUGAGAUGAUUGGUAGCAUUAUUGGUGUUUACAAUGGGAAGACCUUCAAUCAAGUUGAAAUCAAGCCAGAAAUGAUUGGCCACUAUCUAGCUGAGUUCUCAAUCUCUUACAAGCCUGUUAAGCAUGGAAGGCCUGGUAUUGGUGCUACUCACUCUUCCAGGUUCAUUCCUCUCAAGUGAAGAUUAUGCUCAAUGUCCCUUGGUAUUAUUUUUUGGAUGCAAACUUUCAGUUGUUUUAUGGGAACUAUUUAUAUCUAAUCUGUAGUUGAUACUGUUUUUGCUUCAAGGAUAUCAGUGAACAUAAGUUUUGGAUUUAAAUCAUGCCUGUUAAUGAGCAUUGUGGAAAAUUUCCCCUCAA